ACACGAGCCUCGUGCAUGACUGUCUCACGUUUGCCUUUACGCUGACUCAGAGGAUAUCCGUAUCUCAACGCACUUCUUCUUCGCUUCAAUUUGUUCUGCAGCAGUGGUCAGGAGCAGCGCGUAACUGCUUGGCGUUCCGCAUCGUACGUUGCGGUCACUUCAACUUGGAAUUCCCGCAUACACCAGAUAUCAUUCCCCGAAGUCGCAAUGGCAUUCAAAUCAGAAGACAAGGUCGCCGCUUCCGACGAUGAUGUUUCUAUGAACUCAUCAUCCUCUGCUGAGUCGGCGACGAGCUCGGCGGGAGAGUCGAGCAGCGAGAGCGGAAGCGACAGCGAAAGCGAGAACACAACCACCGCUACCAAGCCCUCGUCCAGCGCCCCAUCCCACGCCGCCCAACCAUACAAGCCCCCCUCCGGGUUCAAGUCCGUGAAACAGCAGAGUGCCCCGAAAAGCAAUGUCUCGUCGCUGCUGUCCGACCUGCGCGGCAAGCAGGUUUACCACAUCACUGCGCCCGACUACCUCCCGCUCUCGAAAGUCGAAGAAAUCUCGUUGGCCAAGAUCAUGCAGGGCAAGCCAGUGCUGAAAUACAAGGGUGCACAAUAUGGGAUUCCCGUGGAGAGCAUCAACCAACCCGGUGGGGGCGGACAGACCCUCCAGCUUUACGAUCAGAAGACCAAGACCUACUACAGUACGGCCGCCAGCAACAUCCCGAGCUAUCACAUCCAAGAGCUGGUGGACCUGCCCCGUGAGUCCGAGGAGAAUAUCCUAGAAGCCGCCAAGGAGCAAGUCAAGCCUCCGCGCAAGCAACCCAAGAACCUCAAGAUGCGCUUCCACCCCGUUGGAAGUGGCCAGUGCCCCCCUGAGACGAUCGGUUCCAGCUCCGAGGAGUCCGAAGGCGAGGAGCCUACAUUCAAAGUUCCCAAAUCAUUGGAGAAGGAGCGGGAAGAACGGAAGCGCAAGCACCACCCUACGGAGGAAGAAGGCGCUCACACUAGCGAGGUAUCCCGCAAGAAGUCCAAGAAGCACACAUCAUCCCAGGAAGUGGAGCAUGUAGAGGACGAAGAGGACAAGAAGAGCAAGAAGAAGUCGAGUAAGAGCCGAGACGAGAAGAAGCGGAAGAAAGCGGAUAAGGCGGCUUGAUUGAGACGAGAAGUGGAGUGGAGUGUGCACAUGGUGUUGUGCUUUGUUCCUUAUCCAAAAGUUCGGCAUUAUUAGACCAGGUGUAAUAUUGCGAUUCUGUUUAAGCAUGUGAUCACUGUGAUUGUGUCUACCUGUAUAU